AAAGGCGAACGUGAUCAAGCUAAGGUAAUUUUAUCUACCUUGUGAAAAAGUUUUCGUUGAAAAUUGUACGUAACUGCGUUGUCCGUUACAUUUCAAUGCUGUUAAAGGUUACCGUUUUAGUACUAAAAUUAAACAAAAAUCUAAAUAUCGAAAAUUCGAUUCUGUUAUCUUUUACCGGCUGUGAAAUUGGAUUGCAACUACUGGAAUUUGUUAUUUAAUAAAUUAGGAAUGGCAAAUCAUCUUGUAAGAUACGCUGCUCAGCAGACCAAGGCUAGGAUCACCCCAGCCAUUUCUCAAGUCAGAGCUGCUCACGAUCAUGCUCAUGAGCAUCAUGCAGUUGGAGACCCAGUUAAAGCUGUAAUUGGAAACCGAGAAAUUGUUGGAUUUGGCAUGAAUGGUCAGCCUAACUACAUUGAUCGUGUUGACUUCCCUCUGCCUGCUAUCCGGUACAAGGAAGUUACUCCAGACAUUCAGGUUUUGAAAGAAAAAGAGAAGGGAGACUGGAAUAAACUAACCAUUGAAGAGAAGAAAGCUUUGUACAGAGCAUCUUUCUGCCAAACCUUUGCUGAAAUUAAGGCACCAACUGGUGAGUGGAAGUCCGUUGUUGGAUAUAGUUUGAUCGCCUGUUCGCUUGCCAUGUGGAUCUUCAUUUGGAUGAAGAAAUACGUAUAUGCUCCCCUUCCUAAAACUUUUACACCAGAGUGGCAACAGGCUCAAUUAGAGCGAAUGCUUGACAUGCAGAUAGGUCCAAUCGAAGGUCUUGCUUCGAAGUACGACUACGAAAAGGGACGAUGGAAGGAGUAGAUUCCUAAAAAGUAAAUAUUGUCAGACCAUCGGAGACAUUGUACACAGUAGUUUGAACAUCCUUUAUGUAGCUGAAAGGCCAAGCUCGAUUGGAGUUAUCGGUAUGUUGGCUACUAAAAAUAAAUACAUCUGUCGAAUACAUAAAAAAUACUAUCGUA